UUAUUUCUAAAAAGUAAUUAGACAUUUAAUUCAUUUUGAAAUGCCCGCCAGCAUUAUCAUCGUUGCGCUACCUCGCGGCGAAAAUCGGAAACUUGAACUGAACAAAGAGAGCUAGCUAGCAACCACUAGAAAAUAAGGUUGUGUUUUGUCUCUAUCGAACGCGCACUCAUAACGGUGGUGUGAUAGAGAUGCGCUGUUCACUUUCGGCCAUCAUAACCAUCUUUCUUUCUUGUGCAACUGUUUCUCUUCGGCCGUGUUCUAGUGCAAACGCAGGAUGGACGCCAUUCGUGCGAGAUAAUUUUUUGGUUCGCUCCUGAAGCGAGAGUACAUACGCGUUUGGUGCCGGGCGUGGAACUAUGCUAUAGUGUUAUUGGUGUGCGGUGCUUUCGGUCUGGCGGUGCGGUGUCGACGUGCAAGGAGCUCAGCCUCAGGUGGAGGCAAGGCAAGGCGGCGAGCAGAGGCGCGUGCAGGCCCGAGGCAUGGCGGGCGCGAGCUGAGUGGACGGCCGCGGCCUCCGGUGUCAGGCCGCUCGCGCUCCGCCGCCGGCCCGAUGAGCGGGGCAGGUUCAACGCGGCGGAGGUUAUUUUAUGGGUAUUUGCGUGAGCUGCCGGCGCCGCGAUCGGAAGGCUCCCGAGAAGCGGUCAGUAGGCCUGGGCGCGGGCGGGCCCGCUAAGGGCCCAGCGGCGGCGGAGCUGCUGCCGCGACGCGUCGGUCACCUGCCAGCCAUGGCCAACUCCAUCUCCAACAUCAAGAUGACCAACCCCAUCAAGGGAAUCGUCAGCAAGCGUCGGAAACGAUAUAUCAAGGACGGUUUCAACUUGGACUUAGCAUAUAUAACAGACAGGCUCAUAGCGAUGGGCUUCCCCGCGGAGAAGCUGGAGGGCGUGUACAGGAACCACAUCGACGAGGUGUACAGAUUCCUAGAGCAGAUGCACAAGGACCACUACAAGAUUUACAACCUGUGCUCCGAGCGGUCGUACGAUAGCAGCAAGUUUCAGGGGAGGGUGGAAAGGUACGCGUUCGAAGACCACACGCCGCCCAAUAUGGAGCUGAUCCAGCCGUUCUGCGAGGACGUGCACAAGUGGCUCAACGAGGACCCCAGAAACGUGGCCGCCGUACAUUGUAAAGCUGGGAAGGGGAGGACUGGUACGAUGGUGUGUUGUUACCUGCUGUACAGCGGACAGAAGGCGACCGCGGACGAGGCGCUGCAGUUCUACGGCACCAAGCGGGCGCACGACAAUAAAGGAGUAACAAUCCCGUCGCAGCGGCGGUACGUCGAAUACUACGCGGCGCUGGUUCGCUCGGGGCUUCAGUACACGGCUACAAGAGUAUACAUAAGGGAGCUGGUGAUGUGCCCGCCGCCCAUGCUGAACGGCGGCCAGUGCACGCUCGAGCUCACAGUGUCGCAGGCGCAGCCGCCCUUCAAGACGCCGACCGGCUGCCACGAGGUGCGAAAGCACGCGCGCGCUGUUCGCGUGUGCCUCACGCACUGCACGCCGCUGCACGGCGACGUGCGCGUCGACGUCUACACCAAGCCCAAGAUGAUGAUGCGCAAGGAGAAGCUGUUCCACUUCUGGUUCAAUACGUUCUUCUUGGCGGCCGGAGUAGGUGGUACUCAAGUGCCUCCGCCCGCGGAUAGUCCAAACCAGGAGACGUACAAGCUGACGCUGAACAAGUGGCAGCUGGACGACGCGCACAAAGACAAGCAGCAUAAACUCUAUAGCCCCGACUUCAAGGUGGAGCUGAUAGUGCAAAAGCAGCCUUCCUCGUCGACGUUCAGCUCGCACCCGCCGCGCGCCGCCUCGCCGCCCUCCUCCUCGGCCUCGGACUGCUCUGAACCGGCGCUUGACGAGCACUGGGACUCCGGCGCGGAGCGCUCGUGUGUGGGCCGCUAUCGACCGCUGACGCCGCCCGCCGCCGCCACGUGAAUCCACGUACUUGUGAUGACGACUGGCUCCACUCCAUACAUAAACCCUGCUUUCGCUCAUCAAGAGACCCUAACACGGUGCCGUAAAGGCCCCACUGCCUUUACUUAGUGUCUAACUUACAGUGUUGUAUGUGUGUACGUGUACUGUAGUUUAAGCGGGCUGUGCCAUUGCCACGGACGACGCCGUCGACUCAAAUGUGAUAAUACGAGUGCUGAAGGACAUAAGGACGAUAAAUUAUCUUGGUACUAGGCAUCGCUACCUCGAUGUAAAAUAUUCCCCUUGAUGCUUUGUUCGUUUAAAGUCACAAGGUAUGUUCUUAAAUUCUCUCCGACUGAUAAGUACACUGAGUUAUCUUUUUCGGAUUUUUUUUAUUGAAUAUUAUGUAGCAACGAUUGUAAUGUUAGCGAUGCGGUUACAAUGGCAGAAGGAUCUGGCUCUUUGGUGUUAGCAUUUAUAGGGUUAUCAGAAUGCCUCUUCCAUUUUGCGGAUUGCCAUUAAGAAAAACUGAAAAAGAAUAGACGUUUAGAAACCGGCCAGUGUAUAAGUAGUUUCCGAUCAAAAUAAAAACUUUAAUAAUUACAAUAUUUAAACGAAAUGAAACUAUUGAGUGUAAUAGUCGAUAUUUAUUUUUUCUGGAAUUUCGUAUCAAUUUGAUGUAUUGUAUUUUUAUAGUGUACCUAUUAAUCUAUUUUAAACAUGGCAUUAAUACACGUAAGGUCCAAAACCUUUUUGUUUGGUCUCCCAACUACUUAUUGUCUAAAUUAGGUAAAAAUAUUUUUUCAAAAUAAUAAAAAUUGUAUUCUUUCGACCAAAAAAAGGUUUUGUAGUAGUUCUGUGUCUAAGAUUCUGAUAGAAAGUCUUACCACAGGGAACCAAUUCUAAAGUGGUGCUUUUGGUUUUAACAAUAAUACCCCUUAUAAGUAGGUACGAAAGUCUAAAUUUUAAUCUUUACCUACCCCACUACAAGUCGGCAUAUUAUUACUUUUUAAAGGAAUAAUCUAGAUUUUUAAUACGAAGUUAAUCCGAUGCCGUUGGCCUACGAAUCCAAGACUUGUAUUAUUUAGGUUUUGUAUGCGCUUGAUACACGUUUCGAUUUAUCGAUUCCGUUUGGGUACCAAUCGAUUUCAUUCAAAUUAAAUGUUGAAUAUUGAUCACAAAUUCUUUUAGGCUAGUUAUUCUGAAACGAAAUUAAAACUUUAUUCAAACGCAAGUGACAUUCUAGCAUGUGUAAUUCAUCCAAUCACAUGCUGGAAUCCAUCCUUGGGAUUGACUCGAGUUCUAAUGUUUCAUAUUACGAGCCUAAGGGCUGAUUAUUCAAUCAUCGGAUAUCUUGUAACUGAUGAAUAAACUUGUCAUUUUGACAUAUUUCCCAUACUGAAACUGUCAAUGUGCCAAACUUAUUCUUCGGAUAAAAGUUAUCCGACGAUUGAAAAAUCAGCCCGAUUGCAAAAUUUAUAUAAAACACUUCUUACCACUCUCUUUAAUGGGUAGUGUAUCAAAUACUAUUUGGCCUAUAAUUUUUUUAAUAAAUCGCCCAAUAAGGAUGAAAUAAAUCGUCACGUGCGCAAGCCGCAAGCACCACGUUGUACUAAUUCUGUUAGGUAAAUCGUAUUGAAUAGUUACUUUAAUAUGUAAAGAAUUACACGCCGCUCGGCGAGGCACACGAUCCCACCAGAAUUGACUAAGUCCUGACGGACAGUUGUUUUGUAUAGGUUCAAAAGAUCUCAGUGACUGCCGUCAGUAAUGAUAAAAAAUUUUAGGCUUCUAUGGAUCGGCUAUGAGCUUUCGUAUGAUGAGCUAUGUCCUGACAGUGUUGCCACAGAAAAUAAUUGCUAAACAUGUUUAUAUCGACGCCAUUUUGAAUUUUACAGGGUGAUUUUUAAUCAUUUUACAGUUUAAUUUUUGAAGCCGCCGGCGGCUCGUAUACUGCUUUAAUGCCAAUUUUUUUUUAGAAAAGCCCUAAGUUCAUGUUCAAAUAUUAGAUAUGAGAACGUAUUAACUUAUUUGAACAGCAGCAUUAUAUUCAUGAAUUAGAAAUUACCCCGAAUAGAUUAAAAAGGACGUCGGUAUAGUAAUCGUAUAAUAGCAGAAACGUAUCGUAACAACCUUUGACGUAUGGCACGUGACAUAAUCCUGUAAAAAGCAGGGCUGAUCAACUCGAACUUUUCUGUUGAUCCAUAUUAGUUUAUUUGCGUUUUGUGAUUAAUUUUAAUCACAAUUUUAAUUUAAUCACAAUAGAUCUUUACUGAAAUUUCGUGUAAAGCAAAAUCAUUUUCCGUUGUAGUGUUAAAAGACACUCGAUUUAGUUAAUUUUAUUAGCAAUAAGUUUCUUUUUAGUUAAAUUAUUUUGAAAAUUACUUAUAGAAAAUGCACAAAAUAUCAAUUGUUAAUGAACUCAAACAAGAUCAUAUUUUUGGUGGCUGAUUAUGCGAAAGCUUCAUAGUAGCUCCGUUUGAUUUAACAGUCUUCGUUGAGCUUGUGUUUGGAAAUGGCGAUUAUGGUUUUAACCCUUUCAAUACUGCGCGGGGCUUCAAAAUUAGAUAUCUCGAAGAUAGGAAAUAGGAUAUAACGCGAAACACUCAAUUACUUAACUUUUUAGACAUAUAAACAGUAUAAUAAUUUGUUUUGCUAGAAAUUCAGCAGCGUUGAAAGGGUUACAUAAAAAAUAAUUGGAAAUGGGAGAAAUGGGAAUAAUGAUUUUUGUAUUUGAGUUUGGAAUGUGAAAUUAAAAAUAAGAUGUGCUGGGAACUCGCAACGCAGUGUUUUGUCUUGUGUGACUGUAAGUUACUGGGAUAAAAACAGAAAAAAAAUAAACAAAUGCUAAAUUGUCGAAGUGAUAAACGAAUCCGGCUGUCGAUUUGUGUUUGUUGAACAGCCCUGAAAAAUUUACGUAGCGUAUCCUUUAGUUUGGUAUACUAAUUUAUUAGUAAGCAACAAAUUACGCUUAAGAUACACUUCAUUUGUACUUGAAAAUGUAUUAAUCGUUCCCAGCAACAGUGUGGAUUCGGCUUAGACCGACUUAUUCCGUUACAAAUCGGGGAUAUAAUACUUUUUUUUUAUUUUCUAAUUGUAAAUAUUAUUGUUAUAAUGCAUUAGUGUUAAAUGAGAUCUGUUUUUCAUUGAUAGAAUAAGUAGGUUGCGUCACAACCGGGUGACCAUUUGAAAAUUUUACAAUAUUGACAAUAGCGGUUUAAAAAUGGCGGGCCCAUGCAAUGGAGCGACAGUCGCGAAUCGGUUCCGGAUCGUUUCUAUGACGUUAGGGCCCGGACAUGCAUUACCUACUGAGCGACGCGGCGACGUAACACAUGCACAGUAUAAAUACUUGCUAAUGAGGGUUUUCGCGUAUGAAAGAUCCGCUAGAUGGCGGGACGUGGAUGUGGGGUCUGACUGCUGCGUGAUUGGUGGAUUUUGACAUAUAUGUCAAUGUCAUGUCAAAAAUAACCAAUCAUGCAGCAUUUGGACCUCGCGUCUACGUAUUGCCAUCUGGCGGAUUUUUCAUACGCGAAAACCCUCAUUGGCGAGUGUUGUCUCUUCUAUCAUACAGACAAAAAGGCAUCGGCUUGUGAUUGGCUGUUUGCUUUUGUAAAAUAUCUUUGGUAAGGUAAACUGUAGACCUUGUUGAUAAGAGCGUCGUUGCUGAUUUGCAAAUUUCUUGCAUGCCUACCGUCGCCGCGUCGCAACGCACGGUGGAUAUGGGCUCUUAGGAUAUGUGAUACGGUGACGGGCGUCCCGACUCAUGCCUCCCAAGUUAAUGUUGUUUUAAGUACUUGCACAAUGUAAAAUAUACUCCUAACCCCUAAGGUUGAUAUGGGUCGGGAAGGCCAACUUAAAAUCAUAAUAAAUAAGAUGGCCAGUUGAUCAAAAAUGCCGAUAUUUGUUAAGUUUUGUUUGGAGUAACUUAAUGACAGAGUCUGUGAAAUAGCUGAAUCACAGGCGACUUUGAAACCUUUGUUUAAAAACUGUACAGGGUAUCCUUGGAUCGGCCUGAAACAAUAUUAAAUCCAAGAUGUCGCCAGUGAGAUGCAAUCGUAUUCACUCGGUGUUGUGACGUCACCGCGCAUUAGUUAUUACUUUUCGGACCUGUUUCACAAAUUGCAGAUAAAGUCUGAUAGCUGCUCAUUAACAAUUAAUCUGUCAGAUAAAGUACACUUGGUUUCACAGGUAUCCUUUAUGUGACAGAUAACGUUGUGUCUGAUAGCUAUCUUAAACUCUAUCAGGAACAUGUGAAACUGAUCCUUAGUAUUUUAGCGUUACCAACAAGUUUCGCUAUAACUUUUUUUAAAUAUCAUAUUUUGAGUCAAAAUUCGAAUUCUAUGUAAGCUCGACAGUUCGUUAAAUCCAUGUUCAAUUAAAAAAAUCUUUAUCUAUCUCAAUUUCUGAACAAAGAGUUCCUACAGAUACUUAAUUCAUGAUUGGCAUUUUGGAGAAACUUGGUAAGGUUUAGCGUAAGAAACGGUUAAUGUAGGCUAAGGUAGAAAGUUAUGUAAGAUAGACUAACAACGUCAUAGAAAUCAUCAAAACGUGAAUUCGAUAUACGUGUAACUUAAAAAUGUACGGAGGCGUUUAAAGUUUCGGUUGGUAUAGACUAUGAAAUUAGUUUUUUAUUGUUAAUAGAGCUAAGGCGAGUCACAUGCAUGCUUCCAGUUUGAAAAAGUUUUUUUAAGUCAUGAAUUUGUAACGUCUUUUAAUUAGUUUGUAAUUUUUUUUUAUGUCGCUUCAGAUGUCUAUGAGCUCCUAACACGAGACUCUGUUUUGUUAAAAUUUCCAUUCGAUUGUAAAUAAGGCGAUUCAAUUCCAUAUUAAUUUCGUUACGCUGAUAUUUGUUAUUCGGCAGUUAUUGUCUGUGGCGAGUGCGUUUGCGAUGCAAAAUAGGAAAAUUGUUAUAGACAACUGACGAUCAGUCAUGUUUAAUCUGUAACGUCGUUUUCGAAUCUCGAAAGUUGAAAAUUUAUAAAUACUCAAUUUAAACGAGCUUCUUAUCGAAGUGUUACAGAGGUAGUUCACGUGAUUGUGUAAUAUCUACUUUAUCAUUAGCAGAAGGCACGUUCCACAGACAGCAACAAACCGAUAUUAUUAUUUCAAAUUGUAAUUAUAAGCAGCAAAUGCAAUCUAUUUGGCGUCCGGUGUUCAAUGCGCGUAUCAUCAAGUACAAAUCUAGGAGUUGUUAGUGCGGUCGUCCCGUCAGAUGGAGUGACUAAGUCAUAACUUAUUCUCCGACGUUAUUUUUAAAGAUGGAAACUUUACAGCCACGUUAGCGUAAUGUCCCAUUCCAAGUCUUAGAUGUGUUGUUUUGCACGAAGUUUUCGUUACGGUGGUCACGCGACCUCCCUCUUCAUCAAAGGUUUAGCUUUAAAGAUUGUUGUUUGCCUUAUAAAAAAAUGUGAUCUUAUGACGAUUAUACAUAACGGGUGUUAGCGCAGCGCUCGCAGCGGCUUGCGUUGUAUAAAAAAAUACUUGACUCUUUUUGGGCCUUUACACUCUUAACUUUUCUUUUACGUUUCGCAAGAAAAUCUCGACUAAAAACUAAAAAGAUCUCGAAUUUUCUAGAAAACGCUUUAAUACGCAUGAGCUGCGGACGCUGCGCGUGCGAGUGAAUAUGCCUUGUAUAAUGAUAACAAAUGAAUUAUGUAAUAUAAUAAGACUUGACAAGUGCGGUGUGGAGUUGCGAGGCUCGGUGCAGCCUACUGUCAAUUGGAUACAGUUAGGGCGUAAAGGGCUUUAUUGGUGGGAGGCUGGAACUUGCGCCGACAUUGGAUCUUAUAAUGACAUUCUUAGCGUUUUCUGAAACGAUUUCAAUAACUAUUGACACUUGGCAAAGAUUCAACGCCAAGCAAUUUGUGCCUUAUCAUGUUUUCAAUUGGGACCGACUUGAUUUGCGCUGAAUCUAUGCUCAAGCGCAUAUCCUGGAAUCGUUUCAGGAUUCGGGCCUUCAGUAGUUGUCGAAUGUUACCUAAUAUGUUUAGUAUUGUCAGUUAACUUGUUAAUUUAAAUUUUUGUACUUUUCUAUCUGUAAAAAACACAGUAUCGAGGUAACAUUUUUAUUUGCGCUGUCAUCUAAAGUUUAAACGAGAUAAAAACUUCAGUAGCGAUGUAUUUGUGUUUUGCAUAUAAAUUCUGUUACCCUCUACUAUGUUUUAUGGUGUUAAAAUAUUUCGAUGUAGGUCAAUCCAAAGCGUUAGUGUCGGCGCAACCGGCCAGCCACUUGUUAGUUGUAAGAAUGGUGUGAACAAUUUUAUUUCUACUUCUCUGUAUACUUUACACCGCCACAUAACUGGUAAAGCCCUCUCCGCAGGUUUAAAAUAUAAAAAAACUUUUUUAUGAAUCAUAAGAAAUGCUUAGUUCCACAAUAAUUAAUAAAGAUGCGUAAAUUUUUCUUAUUAGUAAGUAAAAGAUCUCAUAUGUCUUAUAUUUGUUUUGUCUUUUUUUAUAUUUUGAGGAACUUCAGAAUAGUCGAGUUGAUUUAAAGACAACUUAUGUAAAAUAAAAUAUAUUGAUGUAAAUA